GGGGGCGGAGCUUAACAGGCGGACUCUAUAGGGGGGAAAGCGGCCCUGGAGGAGGCCUCUGCUUUCACCAGCGAGCCUGGGGAGAAGGGAGAAAAUGAGUGAGUUUCACCUUGACCUUAAUCCCCUCAAGGAGACCCUGGGUUUCAUCAAGGUUCUUGAAUGGUUCUUUUCUAUGUUUGUAUUUGCUACAUGUGGAGGCUAUAAAGGUGAAACUACAGUUCUAGUUUCCUGUAAAGAACUUGUGAAUAAAACAGUAACAGCUGCUUUUGCCUAUCCUUUCAGGCUGAAUGAAGUAAUAUUUAGUUCACCAGAUCCGACCCGAUGCAAUGGCAGUUGGACUGAUUUUCACCUUGUGGGCAACUUCUCUUCCUCUGCACAGUUUUUUGUAGCUUUUGCAGUCUUGAUAUUCUUGUACUGUAUGGCUACCCUUGUACUGUACCUUGGUUAUAUGCACAUAUAUCGGAGUGGUGGCGUUCUACCGCUCAUAGAUUAUGUCAUCACUCUUAGUGCUGCUUUCUUGUGGCUGGUCAGCAGUGCUACCUGGGCAAAGGCCGUUGUUGACAUCAAAAUAUCAACUGGUCCACGUAUUGUGGAAGAAAUACUUGCUUGCAAGAUACCAGGAUCUUCAUGUGUAUUUGGUUCUGUUACCAGCAUGGGACGUCUGAAUGUGUCUGUGGUUUUUGGCUUGCUAAAUAUGGCUCUGUGGGGAGGAAAUGCUUGGUUUGUAUACAAGGAGACAAAUCUGCAUACACCAAGCAGUAAUUCCCCUAAAUCUGGGCUCUAUCCACCUGCAUCGGGAAUCUGAACAGUUGCAGUUUAAUAUCGAACAGUUGCUGCUGUUUGUUGGCAAGUUUGAAAGACCAGCAGUUCAAAGUAUUCAGUAGUAGCCAUUUUUUAUGGAUAUAAAACUUGAGAAUACAUGCUCAGGAUAGAAAAAAGUUCUCCAUUGUGCAUAUUCUAAUUCAGUCAAUCCUACAACAGGCCUGUUAAAAGCUAGAUAUUAGAAUCUUCAGGAAGAAAUCUUUUGUAUUAAUAGUAAAUAUCUACCUUUGAUUUGUACUAAAUAUUGUCAUGGUAGCUGCUACUUUUCCGAGCUCAGGUUGCACUUUUCUUUAACAUGUAAUCUGAGGAGUUAGAAAUACCAUUGUUGCACAUUCCUGAUGCAAAAGAAUGGCUAUUAUUUGGUUAAAUAGGUUUGAAUUGUACAGUUUAAAAACUUUCCUUAAAAUAUUUUGCAAACAUUGACAUGUUUGCAUUUCUGAUUUCAGUAUAAUUGUUUAAUUGUUGCUAUAGAGGAGAGAAAAUCUUGGACACAGAAAGACUGAGGUGAUCCUCUGCGUAGUUGAAGUGGUUAAUGCCUGUUUCUAGCCAAAGGAGCUUAAAUAACAAUGUUUGAAACUCAAAAGCUAUAUACUUUUGUUAAAAUUAAAUCCUAUUUCUGAGUGUAUCAGUUACACAGAUAGUUACAGGGCAAAAAACUGGGAAGAUCCUUGCAAUGAAUACUUAGUCUAAAUGUUUAAAAAUGUGUACAGUUUUGAGGAAUUGUCUGUACUUUGGCUUCAGGUGACUUAAUAAACGGACAUUUCUAAGAA